AUGGGCGAAUUCGGCAUUGAAGAGCUUUCUGAUCUCAACGUCCUUGCUGCCGAGCAUGGACUGGAACUGACCCCAGACGGGUGUCACUUGCGCUGGGCUCGAACAAAUCCCAAACAUCCGCGGAACUGGCAUCCAGUGCGCAAGUCCUACGAUAUUGUUGUGAUCUCGCUUUUGGAAUUCUUCACGACAUGUCUCAGUACCUCAGGAGCCGAGUUCGGAACGUCAAAGACAUUGACAUUGUUUCUAUAUGUCUCAACUUAUCUUCUAGGACAAGGUCUGGGGGGAAUUGUAUUUCCCCCUUACUCGGAAUCCUUCGGUCGAAAGAAGCUCUAUAUUUUCAGCGCGUCUUUAUACAGCGUAUUCUGCCUCGUCAUCGCGGCGGUCCCGUCAAUUCCCUCCCUAGUCGUCGGCCGUUUCAUCACCGGCUUUCUGUCAGCCAUCCCUACCGUUGUGAUUACCGGAAGUAUCGAAGACAUGUUCAAUACGCAUGAUAGGAUCUUUGUCAUGUUAGUCUACGUCUCGAUGGCAUGCAUGGGUGUUAGCGCCGGGCCUAUUAUAAGCUCGUAUAUUUCUGUUCGCUUUGGAUGGAGAUGGGUGUUUUACGUCGGCGCUAUUGUCUCCGCCUUCCUCGCCGCGCUUCUUUUAUGCAUCAAAGAGUCUCGACCAUCCCUCAUUCUUAUGCGUGAAGUCCAAACUCUCCGUAAGCUGACCGGGAACGAUACGUUCAAGGCGCAAAACCCGGAUUACAUGCCGGAUCUGCGCACCUUCCUCCAUCUCGGCUUGUUGCGGCCUCUCCGUCUCUUCCUAACCGAGCCUAUCGUCUUUAUCGUGACAAUGAUAUUCGGAGUGUGCGUGGCUUUGGUCUACCUCUUCACGGAAGCCCUUCCUCCGGUUUAUGAGCAAUUCGGCUUCAGCACGGAAGAAGCAUCCCUCCCGUUUCUCGCCCUCGGACUCGGUGUUAUCCCCAACGCUUUGACCCGCAUCGUGGACUACCGCAUAAUCCGAAGACGCCAGAAGAAGUGCGGAGUCCUCAAGCCAGAACACAAGCUGACGGGGAUCUACAUCGGAGCACCUGUACUCGCGAUCGCGCUCUGGUGGUUCGCCUGGACGAUCCCUCCCCAAGUGACCAAUGUCAACUGGUUUGUUUCCGUGGUGGCGCUCUUCUUUAUCGGAUACGCACUCAAUGAGCUGGAGAUCGUGGUGACGGCAUACAUGGCAGACAGCUAUCUGAGCUACGCUGCUAGCGGCUUUGCUGCUCUCUCCAUCAUUCGAUCCUUGCUUUCGGCUGCGUUCCCACUGUUUGGGAGUAAAAUGUUCGACGCACUGGGUGCCAACGUGGCCGUUUCGAUCCUGGCCGUGCUAGCAACGAUAUUCUGUAUCGUGCCGCCACUUCUCAGUCGUUACGGAGAGCAGAUGCGGAUGCGGAGUGCGUUUGCCAAGUACAGUCUGCAAGUGUAUGCGGAGAACGGGGUGGAUCAAGACUUUCAGUAAUUA